GCGCCGCGCAGUGUAGGCUCCGGCGUCGCGAGGAGCUGCCGCUCCAGCCGCCGCCCCCGCUGGAUCCUGCCGGAACCCGCCGGACCCCGCCGGACCCCGCCGCCCGCGGGCCAUGAACCUGCCCAGGGGCCUUGUGGUGGCCUGGGUGCUCAGCCUGUGGCCAGGGUUCACGGACACCUUCAACAUGGACACUAGGAAGCCACAGAUCAUCACUGGCUCCAGGACUGCUUUCUUUGGCUACACAGUGCAGCAGCAUGACAUCAGUGGCAAGAAGUGGCUGGUGGUGGGCGCCCCACUAGAGACCAAUGGCCACCAGAAGACGGGAGACGUGUACAAGUGUCCGGUGACCCCCGGGAACUGCACCAAGCUCAACCUGGGAAGGGUGACUCUAUCUAAUGUGUCUGAGCGGAAGGACAACAUGCGCCUCGGCCUCAGCCUGGCCACCAACCCCAAGGACAACAGCUUCCUGGCCUGCAGUCCCCUCUGGUCGCACGAAUGCGGGAGCUCCUACUACACCACCGGCAUGUGCUCCAGGGUCAACUCCAACUUUAGGUUCGCCAAGACCGUGGCCCCUGCCCUCCAGAGAUGCCAGACCUAUAUGGACAUUGUCAUCGUCCUGGACGGCUCCAACAGUAUCUACCCCUGGGUGGAGGUGCAGCACUUCCUCAUCAACAUCCUCAAGAAAUUCCACAUCGGCCCUGGGCAGAUCCAGGUGGGAGUCGUCCAGUAUGGGGAGGACGUGGUGCACGAGUUCCACCUGAAUGACUACAAGUCCGUGAAGGAUGUGGUGGAGGCCGCCAGCCACAUUGAGCAGAGGGGAGGCACAGAGACCCGGACGGCGCUCGGCAUCGAGUUCGCUCGCUCCGAGGCUUUCCAGAAGGGCGGAAGGAAAGGGGCCAAGAAGGUGAUGAUUGUCAUCACGGACGGGGAGUCGCACGACAGCCCGGACCUGGAGAGGGUGAUCCAGCAGAGCGAAAGGGACAAUGUGACCAGAUACGCCGUGGCCGUCCUGGGCUACUACAACCGCAGGGGCAUCAACCCAGAGACCUUCCUUAAUGAAAUCAAAUACAUCGCCAGCGACCCGGACGACAAGCACUUCUUCAACGUCACGGACGAGGCGGCCCUAAAGGACAUUGUCGACGCGCUGGGGGACAGGAUCUUCAGCCUGGAAGGCACCAACAAGAACGAGACCUCCUUUGGGCUGGAGAUGUCACAGACAGGCUUCUCCUCACACGUGGUGGAGGACGGGGUUCUGCUGGGCGCCGUGGGCGCCUACGACUGGAACGGACGAGAGGGCAGCUGGGGGGAAGGAGGCUGGGCCAGCGAGAGGGCAGCUGCUAUCCAGCAAGAGGGCAGCUGCGGGGAAGGAGGCUGGGAGGAUGAGACCAGCCUGUUUCCUCCUGCGGCAGGGUACACAGUCACCUCGGUCGUGUCCUCCAGGCAGGGGCGGGUGUACGUGGCCGGAGCCCCCCGGUUCAACCACACGGGCAAAGUCAUCCUGUUCACUAUGCACAGCAACCGCAGCCUCACCAUCCACCAGGCCCUGCGGGGUGAGCAGAUAGGCUCCUACUUUGGAAGUGAGAUCACCUCAGUGGACACAGACAGCGACGGCAUGACCGACGUCCUGCUGGUGGGUGCGCCCAUGUACUUCAGUGAGGGCCGGGAGCGGGGCCGAGUGUACGUCUACGACCUGAGACAGAACCGGUUUGUGUAUAACGGCACGCUGAGGGAUUCCCAGAAUCACCAGAACGCCCGGUUUGGGGCCUCCAUCGCCUCUGUUCGAGACCUCAAUCAGGACUCCUACAACGACGUGGUGGUGGGGGCCCCUCUGGAGGACAGCCACAGGGGCGCCAUCUACAUCUUCCAUGGCUUCAGAGGCGGCCUCCUAAAGAAGCCUAAGCAGAGAGUCGCCGCGACCACGCUGGCCCCUGGACUCCAGUAUUUCGGCUGCAGCAUCCACGGGCAGCUGGACCUCAACGAGGAUGGGCUUGUUGACCUGGCGGUGGGCGCCCUGGGCAACGCCGUGAUUCUGUGGUCCCGGCCCGUAGUGCGGGUCCAUGCCAGCCUUCGCUUCGAGCCGCCCAGGAUCAACGUCUUCCACCGGGACUGCAGGCGUGGCGGCAGGGACGCCACCUGCCUGGCAGCCUUCCUGUGCUUCUCGCCAGUCUUCCUGGCCCCCCACUUCCAGACGGCAACUGUCGGCAUCAGGUACAAUGCCACCAUGGACGAGCGGCGGUAUGCACCGCGGGCCUACCUGGAUGAGGGCGGGGACCGGUUCACCAACAGAGCCGUCCUGCUGUCCUCCGGCCAGGAGCACUGUGAGCAGAUCAACUUCCACGUCCUGGACACUGCUGACUAUGUGAAACCAGUAGCCUUCUCAGUGGAGUACGUCCUGGAGGACCCCGAGCAUGGCCCCACGCUGGACGAUGACUGGCCCACCGCCCUCAGGGUCUCGGUGCCCUUCUGGAAUGGCUGCAGCGAGGAUGAGCACUGUGUCCCCGACCUCGUGCUGGAUGCCCGGAGUGACCUGCCCACCGCCAUGGAGUACUGCCAGCGGGUGCUGAGGAGGCCGGCGCAGGGCUGCUCUGCCUUCGCGCUGUCCUUCGACGCCACCGUCUUCAUCGUGGAGAGCACACGCCGGCGGGUGGCGGUGGAGGCCCUGCUGGAGAACAGGGGCGAGAACGCCUACGGGGCGGUCCUCAACAUCUCACAGUCAGUCAACCUGCAGCUCGCCAGCCUCAUCCAGAAGGAGGACUCGGAUGGGAGCAUCGAGUGCUUGGGCGAGGAGAGGAGGCCUCACCGAAAAGUCUGCAACGUCAGCUACCCCUUCUUCCGGGCCAGGGCCAAGGUGGCGUUCCGGCUGGAUUUUGAGUUCAGCAAGUCAGUCUUCCUGCACCAUCUGGAGAUCCAGCUCGCGGCCGGCAGUGACAGUGACGAACAAGACAGCACCAAGGAUGACAACACAGCCCUCCUGCACUUCCACCUCAAAUAUGAGGCCGAUGUCCUCUUCACCAGGACCAGCAGCCUCACCCACUACGAGGUCAAGUCCAACAGCUCCCCGGAGGUAUACGCCGGCCUGGGACCUCCCUUCCAUUGUGUGUUCAAGAUCCAGAACCUGGGGCUGUUCCCUGUCCACGGGGUGACGCUGAGGAUCACAGUUCCCAUUGCCACACGGGGUGGCAGUCGCCUACUGACACUCGGGGACUUCCGUGCCGACCAGGUGAACACGUCCUGUAACAUCUGGGGGAACAGCACCGAGUACCGGCCCAUGCCAGCGGAAGAGGACUUGAGUCGGGCCCCGCAGCUGAACCACAGCAACUCCGACGUGGUCUCUAUCCACUGUGGUGUGCGGCUGUCCCCUGGCCAGGAGGUCAACUUCCACCUGCUGGGCAGCCUAUGGCUGAGGUCGCUGAAGGUGCUCAAGUUCAAGUCCAUGAAGAUCACAGUCAAUGCGGCCCUGCAGAGGCAGUUCCACAGCCCCUUCAUCUUCCGCGAGGAGGACCCCAGCCGCCAGAUCACCUUCGAGAUCUCCAAGCAGGAUGACUGGCAGGUCCCCAUCUGGGUGGUCGUGGGCAGCUCCCUGGGAGGCCUCCUGCUGCUGGCCCUGCUGGUCCUGGCACUGUGGAAGCUUGGUUUCUUUAAAAGCGCCAAGCGCAGGCGAGAGCCUGGGGCGGCCCCCACACCCAAGGUGCUGGAGUGAGGCUCUGGAGG